CCCGUCUCCCCCACUUCAUCUUCCUGUUUUUAGCAAAUUGACGCUAUCUCGUUCUUUUAUCAAUGUUUUCCUAUUGCUGUUUCUGUUUAAUGACCUUUGAAUAUGCUGAAUAAUAAUAUCAUAAAAUCUUUGUUUACUUCUUCACUUGUAUCUUGCGUGUUUUUGUUAUUGUGUGUAAAAAUAUUAUCAGUCUAAGUUUCCUGUAUUAUUGAUUUAUCUUUUAUUAAUAUUUGGAAAAACAUUAUAGAAUAGGUUUAGGGAUUGCAAAUGUGAAUAAAAUAAGAGGAUUGUUCUAAAUUUACUAUCGAAAGUCAUUGUGAAUAAUCAAUUGCUUACAAAUUUAUUUGCUGCUGUGUUAGUGCUUGUAUUAUGUAAUGGAAGGAUGUAAUCUAUUCGAUUUAAUAGUAUAACAACAUUCAUAUAUAUUUAAUAUUGUGUUGUGUAAAUAAGUGAAAUAAAUAAACAUUAUAAGUAACGACACGUGGGUCUCAGUGAAUUAAAAUCGAUAAAGACGUAAGCGUGCGCUAGUCUAUCAACGAGACGAUUCUACGUCAAGGUCACUUCACACAACACGUGCAAUGUCGGAUUCUAUUUACACUCAUGACUUUCUUUUAGAACCGAGUUUAGAGAUAAAACAGGAGUCGCCCUUCGAAUUGGCGAUGUCAGCAUCAGUACCAAUUCCACAUAGGCGAUCAGAACUUGGUGACUUCAAUGGAGACAUAGACUUGUGUUUACAAGACAAUCAAGUUGGAUCCUUCCACAGUGUUCCUACAUUGUCAUAUAACAAGCUGUCAUUUGAAGCUGAUUCCUCAAAAAUGGAACCAUUUAAAAUGGAAGAUGAUGAUAUAUUUCAAGUAGACAAAGCUGACUUAAUAUUAGGACCUACUCUGGCAGAGUUAAAUGCAAAUCCAGAUACUUCCUUGGAUGAUUUGAACUUUGAUGACUUACUCUUACCAGAGGAAAAUGGAUACUGUAUACAAAUUGGUGGUGCCAUGAGUGGUUCAAAACGUAUUUCAAAUACUUUACAGAACACAAAUAUAAUGGCCACAGAAAGCCCCUGUAGUCCAUAUAGUCGUGCCCAACUUGCCUUUUCCCCUUCGAGCCAGCAUAGUUCAGCUUCAUCAAGUUUUGUUCCACCAAUUAACCAGUUACCAGAAUUACUGCUUCGUAUGGAUGGUUACAGUGGUGAAAUUGCUUUGGGACAAUCGGUACCUGCAUCUUCUGUAUUGCCACCUUUUCCUCCUAGUGUAAAAGCACAACAGACACAACUAUCAUCUUCUGCUCCUACACAUUUGACAAUGGAACAGAUAUGGCAGCGAAGAGAACCACGAAAGCAUUUACUAUCCACAAGUUCCCUAGCAGAAGCAGGCUCAGUUUCGUCACUUUCUGGUGGUCUACUCAGUCCAGGAACUGGUGACUUCUCACAAGAUGAUGAAGAUGAUAGAGAUGUAGAAUCAGAUGAAGAUAGUGACAGAUACGAGGACCUCUCUUCUGAUGAUUCAAAUGAUGAUUGUCCAGAAAGGAAGGAAGCUAGGCUUGCAAAAAAGGAAAAAUACUUUUGGCAGUACAAUGUACAAGCUAAAGGACCUAAAGGACAGAGAUUGAUAUUGAAGAAAAAGUUGGAGGACCCACAUGUAUUAAAUUCGGUUACAGAUCCUGUAUUCAGCCCAAAUUGCAAUGUGAAGGGCAUAAAACAUAGUGGAAAAGCAAGGAAAGGUGAUGGGAAUGACUUAACACCAAAUCCAAGAAAACUGUAUCUGAUUGGUUUAGAAUUGGAUAAAUUGGGAAAAAUAAUCAAUGAUAUGAUCCCUGUGAGUGAAUUGCCAUUCAAUGUAAGACCAAAAACAAGGAAAGAGAAAAACAAACUAGCAUCCAGAGCAUGCAGAUUAAAGAAAAAAGCACAACAUGAAGCAAACAAAUUAAAGUUGUAUGGAUUACAACAAGAACACCGGCGGUUGCUGAGUGGAAUCAAUCAAAUGAAACAAAUUGUUUGCAAUAGGGUAACUAAUCCAGAAAAUAAUGUAGAUUGGUCCGCACACAUCAACGGUCUAGUUGCUACAGCAACAGAGGUGAAAAUAGCUGGGAAAACAUCCGAGUUUGUUAAUAUGAUAUUGGACAAUGUUAAAUCAGGACAAAAUAAUGGUGGUUUAAACGACAUAUGAAGAUCGUUAUAUUCUGGGAAGACGCCCUGCCCAUUGUCUCCAAUCUGCAUUGCAUAUACUAAACAAAUUUCAAACAGUGUGAAUUUUAAUAUAUUUUGAAUAACUGAUUCAAAUAUGUACAAAUUGAUGGACCAGACAUGUUCAAUAUGUGAUAAAUAUUCAACUUUUUCUAUUAUUCGAGUGUUUUAAUUAUUUAGCACACAUAUCAUCUGAAAACUUUAGGCUAUUUGCAAUAUUAUAUAAAUGUUUUUAACAAAUGUGUAAAAUAGAUAUUUUAUUAAUUACAUACUAAUCCAUAUUAAAUAUUAUUUUUAGAAGUUAGUGUUUCUAUGAAAUAUUGUUAAUUGAGUACUAUAGGUACCGUUUUAUUCAUAUUCAAAAUAUAUAGUUUUCUGUAAAACAUAGUUUGAUGACACAAUUGGGCUGGUUCCUACUGUGAUAAAAUUUAUUGAACUAAGUAACUGUACAUAGUCCCUAAUAACAUUGUAUAUAAUAUGAUUUCCAAAUAUCAAAACAAAGUUUAUAAUAUCUAGAAACUAUAUAUUUUAUUUACUACCCAUUGAUUUCCACUUUCGUUUAAAAAAUAAUAUUCAAUAUGAUAUUUUUGUGUAUCAAAUAAGAGGUUUUUUGGUUAUACUGAUAAGAAAACUAUUAAAAAGUUUAUACAUAUAUUCAUUUUUAUGGAAAGUAUUUUAAAGUAUUUUUUAUUAUAGAAAUGAUAACAUACCUAC